AGAAUCGAUGCCAAGCUGGAUUACAACCGACAGACGGAAAAAAUACGCGUCAACACUGAGAGUUUAGCACUCCGGCUCUAAUCGAUGGCUAAAACAUUUCACCUGUUUUACGCGUUCCAACAAAGACAAACCAGAAAAUGCCAUUUUUUAAUCACCGUACCCAUAAUUGUUUAGACCAAUCUGUUAACCUCAAGCUCCCAUACAUUGUUGAUUCGGCCGAAGUUCCUAUUACUGAAUCACAGUCCGAGACAUUGUUAUUCAGGCUUGGUUUAUCUCAAAACAACGUCGUCUGUCGGAGAGAGCCACGGUAACGAAUCUUCAACAAUUUGGUUCUUCGAGCUGCAAUUGUUUUUGCUUCCGACCCUACCAGUAACGAUUCCUAGUAGCACGUGACACAGUUCUCCUGCGCGUUACAUCAAAACGCAAGAUUAAAGCAAAACUCUCUCUCAUCUGCCUUCUCAUCGCCAUGUCUUACUCUUCAGAAAUCCUCACCAACAAACUCAAACACCUCAACGAAACACAGCAGUCGAUUGUUUCGAUUUCGCAGUGGAUUGUGUUCCACCAGCGCCACGCGGCCAAAACGGCGGAAGUAUGGGCAAAAUACACCCAGGGCGCGGUUUCUAACGCCCCCAAACAGGUAUUGCCGCUCAUAUACCUUGCCAACGACAUUGUACAGCAGGCGCGGUCAAAGCGGAAGACGGAAUUUCUCACGCAGUUUGCGGAACACCUUCCGCGCGUGCUCCAUCUGGUGUGGCUCCUGGGCUCGGUAGAUACCAAUCUGCGCAAGCGUAUUGAGCGGGUGGUGGGCGUGUGGGAAAGCAGGCGUAUUUUUGAUAUUAAUGCUCAGAAGGCAAUUGAACGGGCAAUUUCCGGGUCUAAGGGCUCCAGCACUUCCUCGAGUGGGUCUGAUGUCCCGGAGUUGGCCCAAUUAACCAGCCAGUACGGACAGUUACAGGAGGCUGGGGACGUUGAAAAGUUCAACAAACAAUAUGUCGAUUUGUUUGAGGCGGACCAGCUUCCAGCGCCGAAGGAGUACCUAACUUCCGUCACGCGCUUGACCCAGAAGUACAUCCAGAUCGAGCGCCGCCUCCAGUCAAACAUCUCUGUCAGAGGGAAAGUAGUGACGACUUUGAAACAAUUGCUUCAAGAGCAGGAACAGAAGAUUCAGGCGGAAAGAACGAGUUUGGGAGAAUUACAGACAGGCGAGGAGGGCCAGACUAAGAAGGAACGGUUGAUCGAGACAGAAAAGGACUUGCAAGAGUUGGUGGCGGAAUCUGUUGAGCCAGAAGCUCCGGUGGUCGAAGAAUUGACCCCUCCACCGCUGCACAAGGAACCGUCUGUUGCAGAAAAGGCCAAGGCAUAUGAACCAAACGGUGCCAUUCCAAUAUAUGAAAUGAACGACGACGCCAUUCCAGCAUACGAAGCGAAUUCCGAUUCCGAUGCGGAUGAUGUUCCAAUGGAGGAUGAGCCCCCACUUAAGAAGCAAAAAACUGCUUCGCCAGAGGUUGCGGUAGAAGCCGUAAUAGAAGAAGCUCUUAAUGGGGAGACUCCAGUGGAAAUGCUAGUGGAGGACAGUCCGAAGGUUUCCGACGUUGUGAUAGAGCCAGAGGUGGAUGUUUCAGAUUUGUUGAGUAAGCUUGGAUAGGUUCAGGGUCUCUGAUUUGCUUAAAGUUAUUCUAACAGGUAUUUGCCCAUAUGAU